AGGUGGGGCUGCGGUUGGUUGGGUCUUGGAGGGCUGCGCGGAGGGCAGGGGCCCAAGGUGGGCCCGUUACCGAGUUCGCUGCCGGGUGGCCCCCGCGGCCGGUACCCGCGAAGGAAAAGUGCGGGAGGCGGCGGGAGGCGGUGGCGUCCUCUGCCGGGAGGUUUGUGGUCGUCGCGGCGCCAGCCGAGCGGUCCUGGGGAAGGUCCUCAGCCCAAAGCGGGAAUUUUAGCCAGGACAUCAAUGCAAGCCUGAAUAAGAAAAACCAACUUCUUUCUCCUAAGCCAUGGCAUAUCAAUUAUACAGAAAUACAACUUUGGGAAACAGUCUCCAAGAGAGCCUUGAUGAGCUCAUACAGUCUCAACAGAUCACCCCCCAACUUGCCCUUCAAGUUCUACUUCAGUUUGAUAAAGCUAUAAAUUCAGCAUUGGCGCAGAGGGUCAGGAACAGAGUCAAUUUCAGGGGCUCUCUAAAUACAUACAGAUUCUGCGAUAACGUGUGGACUUUUGUAUUGAAUGAUGUUGAAUUCAGAGAGGUGACAGAACUUAUUAAAGUGGAUAAAGUGAAAAUUGUAGCCUGUGAUGGUAAAAAUACUGGCUCCAAUACUACAGAAUGAAUAGAAAAAAAAUGGCUUUUUUAUGCCAUCUUCUGUUGUUAUUCAUCACUUUUUGAAGAGAAGCAUAGAAGAGACUUUUUUUAUUUAUUCUAGCAUUGCGGAAAUGACUACACUGUGCUAUAUAUACUACCAGAAUUCCAAUAGGAAGAAGCUUAUAACUAUAGCCUCUUACAUUACUUUUUCAGCAUGAAGAAACAGAAGUUUUUUUUAACAACAAACAUUGUUGCCUUCCUAAGAACAUUCUUGAAUAAAUUCAUUUUAAAACUCA